CCCGGCAGCGAUGGGUCGCCGCGCUUCUGCCCCGGCUGCCAGGCUCUGCAGCCGCCGGCACCGCGGCCUGACCUCUUCCGCCUGAUGGACUGUGAGCGCUCCUUCCGCAUCGACGAGCGGCAGCUGCAGCGGCGGUUCCGGAGCCUGCAGCGCGCCGUCCACCCCGACCGCUUCGGCCGGAGGACGCCGAAAGAGCAGUACUACUCUGAGCAACACUCUUCCCUGAUCAACAAGGCCUACCAGACCCUGCUGAACCCUCUGAGCCGAGGCCUCUAUCUACUGGAGCUGAGUGGAGUGGAACCAGUACAAGAGACAGACUGUGAUGCAGACUCAGCAUUCCUCAUGGAAAUUAUGGACAUUAAUGAGAAAUUAGCAGAGCCCAAAAACGAGGAUAGCCUUGAAGAAAUUGCAACCUUAAUUAAAGUUAAACAAGAAGAACUGACCAGAGAGGUGGCUGCAGCUUUUGAAAGAGAUGAUCUUCAAGAAGCCAAGAAGCUGCUAGCAAAAAUGAAGUAUUUUGCAAACUUAGAGGAUAAACUAAAGGCCAAGAAGGUCCCUUCCUGAUGUUGCCUCCUUUGCUAUUAAGAGAAUUAUGAGGAAGAUGAAAGCAGCAACAAAGAAGCACUCCAGUAAGAACACCACAAAACAAUACUGCUUCAGUCCAUUCUGAAAAUAAAUGUGAUUGCAACACAUUUCAAGUGUAAUAGUAGGUUUGAGAAAAAUAAGCUUUUUGUUUCCAUUCACACUUAACAUUGCUGCUCAGAUGUUUUUAAGAAAGAAUCAUUCAACCUAUUCUUUAGCUGUUACUUUUUAUAUAAAAGACUGACAAGUGCUGUGCAAUUCCUGGGUAGACUUUUACUUUAAAAAUAAGAUAAACCAUCUAAACAGUUAAAUGUCACAAUCUAGGGAGAAGUCAACAUUUGCUACUUAGCUGUCACAUAUUUUAAGAUUAUGUAAUUUAAGUUUUUUGAAUGUUAAUAUUUUUCGAUGCUGUACGUUAAAAAAAAACCACAACUCUCUUAUUGAGAGGCAGAGCUCAACCAUGAAAAAAGGACAGGCAAAUCCAGAUACCCUGAUGCAUGCUGUUUCUGCAGGUUUUGCUGGCAAGAAUAUGUGCUGAAACUAAAAAUACAAAGCUGGAGCUGAAAGUCUUGCCUUUCCUAAUCUUGUGCUUACAGAACUCUCUGUCAGUUCAGGAAGUUCUCAGAGAUCUGACCCACUGGCCACAGGUAUCACCUCAAUGUUACUUUGUCAUAAAAGCAUGAGGCACUAUUAAAAUAUG